AUGGACCAAAAUGGAAGAGGUUCUCCAUCAACUCAAUUCUUGUCGCUAAAGAAGAACAAAUCUCAGAAACCGGUAAUAAAGAGACCAGCUGCAGCCGCAUUCGAGGCAGAUCAUGAUCAUAGAGGAACUAAACGAGGAAUCCAAAACACUCAAUACAUUGAUGAGGUCGAGGGUCGAGUCAUCAAGGGCAUCAGAAAUGAUAGUCAAGCCAGUGACGAAGAGGAGGAAGACAAGCUGCCUCUAGUCAUUCCAUUGAUUGUCAAGAAUCAGUGGAGAUUGCCUGGUGAAGGUAGUCCUGCACCAUCCUCGAAUGGUAUUGGAGCAGUCUUCACAGAACAACAACCAACACCCAUUCCAAUGGCCUCUAGUAGUAGUAAUAACUGUAACAAUGGUACUCCUGCUGGUAUCCCUGUUAGUAUCCCACCUCGCGAAGAACCUAAAUGGGGCCUCAAUGUCAUGAAGAAGCCUGCUUUAGAUAAACCUAUAGAAUCGACACUUAAUCUAGACACUAGCGUCGUUGAAGCAACUCCAAUGACAGAAGACGAACGAGCCAUCGCUGCUCUAAUAUCAGAAGCACGUGGUGAAACGACUUCCAAUAAAAUCAUAACCUCACUACCUAUACUCGCUGAAAACGCAGUGCCGGGCUUGGACGACCUACAGGACGAGACAGACAAGUAUAGACACGAUGUCGCUCUUCGUCCUGAUGAACCCACUCUCGACGAAUACGAUAAGGUACCUGUAGAUCAAAUAGGUGCUGCCAUGUUGCGUGGUAUGGGCUGGAAGGAAGGUGAAGGAUUGGGUAAAAACAAGACAGUUGUUACGCCUAUACUAUCAGCUAGACGGCCGGCCUUGUUGGGAUUAGGUGCCAAACCACAGCCAAUAGUAGAAAACAAGGCGGAUAAGAGGAGAAUACCAAAACCUAACGAGUAUAAACCUGAAAAGGCAGUUGAUACUCCUCCACCGCCGUCUUUGUCUAGAAGGAAGGGAUCAGCAGAGUCUGAUGAGGAUGCUGACGUGGCUUUAGAUUUCAGGAUUGAUGAUAAAGUAGUGAUAACGGCUGGAAAGAAUAAGGGUGUUGCUGGUUACAUAAUAGAGAAAAAGGAGAGGAGUGGUGGGUUACAAUUCAAAGUGCAGCUGAAGAAUGGUGAUGUCGUCAAAGCGUACUUUGAUGAAGUAAAACUAUACUCCAAGUCUACUAAUGGAGCUUCAGAUUAUCGACCUUCACCUUCUAAACCAACCUCAAAUUCAAGUUUACCACUCAAAAGCUGGUUGAGGCCACAUAUUCGUCUGGUGCAUCUCGAUGAUACAAUUGUGAGCAAAUCACUCGCAGGUGGCAAACAUCUCGAUCAGUCUUGUACAGUGCAAGACGUGAUACCUGGUCAAGGUGCAAUUGUCAAGACUUCACAUGGAGAUAUAGUAGAUCAUAUAGUAGACAGACACGUGGAAACUUAUGUGCCGUCAGCUGGCAAGACUGUAUUGGUGGUGAAGAACGAAGACACUGAAUUGGUUGGACAGACUGGUCGAAUCCUGGAAAAGGAUAAGAGGAAUGAACGAGCGCUUGUUCAGUUAGAGCAUGAUUUUGAGAUCAGGACCUUUGCUUAUGAUGAUAUUGCUGAAUACGUCGAGGUGCUGUGA